AUGGGCUUACAAAACCAACUAAACGACGUGUCGUCUGAUUCAAUUCCACUUCUUGUGUUGAUGCACAUCGCCACCUGCGUUAACUACAUCAGAACCAUGCUCCUCGCUCUCUUCCAAUCCAUCGGCCUCUCGCGUCUCCGAACCGAUCAGAUCGUCGACGACCACUUCCUAGCCGCCGUCGGAUCAGGUCUCGCCGGAAUCAUCCUCCUCUCCGAUCAACUAUCUCUCAACAACCAACACUUCUACACAUACGAAGACGCUGCUUCCGCGGAUAACCACCGCUGCGUGUUUUGUCAAUCAACUUUCGAAAACGGCGACCACGUCCGCAAACUCCCCUGCCGUCACGUCUUCCACCGCCACUGUCUCAACGGUUGGUUUCAUCGAUACAACUUCAAUUGUCCGUUGUGCCGGUCUUCGCUUAUCUCCGACGAGCGCGUGGCUCUCACCGAACGCCGUGUCGGUCGCCAACUCAUCUCGUGGUUUACCCUUCGCUGA